AUGUGCUUUAACGACAAGGGCACUUACUCCAUUGUCCUUCUUGCUGUGGCUGACAGCAAAUACAAGUUUGUUGUUGUGGACGUGGGUGCCUAUGGCAAACAGAGUGACGGGGGAGUGCUGGAGCAGUCUAUAUUUGGGAGGCUACUUGACGAAGGAAAGCUGCAGCUUCCUUGGGACCUGCCACUGUCGAAUACAGCCCUGCCGGCUCCUUGUGUUUUUAUUGGCGAUGAGGCCUUCCAGCUCAGAACUGUUAUUAUGAGGCCGUACCCUGGGCGAGGAUUGGAGGCUCGCAAGAGAAUAUUCAACUACCACCUCAGUAGAGCCAGAAGGUGCGUCGAGAAUGCAUUUGGCAUUCUGGUGACCCGCUGGAGGAUUCUGGAGAGAGCAAUGGGAGAAUGUCCUGAAAACGCAGAGGAGACGGUGAAGGCACUGUGCGGGCUUGACAACUUCUUGAUGGAUGCCCGCACAGGGAGUGAUGACUUUUACUGCGGGCCCGGCUAUGCCGACUCUGUAAGCCCACAGGGUCAACGGCAGAGUGGCCAGUGGCGGCAGUUAGUUGUAUAA